GCUGUUUUGCCAGUAGAACUUUGAGAACAGCAAUGAAAAUCUGACAUUCGAUGUGAUCUGAGGGAGGAAGGGGUUAAGGAGUUUGAGAAUUGAGAAGGCAGGAUAAACUGCUGAAACAAGUCACACCUCUCACUGAGCAAUUCAGACUCACAUCAAACGUCUUCUCAUUGGUUUCCGUCUCACAUCUCACUCGGUAAUGAGGGUGUCCAGUCCCAGAUCAACCCACCUUGCGGUUAGAGAGGUUAAACUGGGCAGAGGACCCACCCAAAUAUGUAGCUCCGAGAGAUCUGAUCUGCACAGACAGUAACUCCAACACCCAGCCCCGAACAGCCAGACAGUGAGUGGAGGUCCAUUCCUGGACUGUCAGAUGUAACAACAACCACUUGGAGAAGUGCUAUCAACGAUCUUGGGUCUAGAGGAGAACCAAGAGUCAGCAGCAUGAAGUCUACUCUGUGGUCGUCUUUCUCAUCAACCACCAAGAAAAGACUAAGCAGACACGGGAGGCACGCAACAUAUCUGUAUGGCGGGGAUGUCCCAGCUAGGUCCAGAGUGCGAAGGUCCAGGCUGGAAUGAAACCAAUUCGGCUUGGUUUUUUUUUCACUCGAUGUUUCCAGUAAACUCACCGCAAUAACUUCUACCUUCACUGCGAGGGUCUUUGCCUUAGCUUGAUGUCUUUUUAUGAGGAUUUUUGGAGUGUUUUCAGACAUGGCUGUAACCAGUUACUAGGAAUCUGACAUCAGCAGAAGACCUGGAAGGACAGGUGAGGUCUGAAUCUCCAAGUUUAAAGUGCAUGCCUUCUGCCUCUCAAGAUAUGGAGUGCCUGUUCAGAAGGAGAAGGUUUCUAAAAACAUGUAUAAGUUUGUCUGUAUUUUGUGUCACGCUGGUAACAAUACAUAAACUUAAACUGGUUGAAGACUCAAGGAUCAUGAGUGACUGGUUGCUAGCUGAAAACAACUCCUACAAGAGAAGUUUCCAUGCAACCAGUGGCUACUCUUCUAAGAAAGAGGGCCCAGGACAUGGUCCAGGUGGGACUCAUUUGUCACCUGCAAGGUGGGACAUCAACGAGACCAAUUGUCCAGAAAACCGUCCUCUAAGGAGUCAACCCUGGUUCAGAAAUGUGGACCCUAGGUUUCACCAAUUUAUCUUGCACAGACACUGCAGGUAUUUCCCACUUUUGUUGGACCACCCUGAAAAGUGCCAAGGAGACAUCCACCUUCUUAUUGUGGUGAAGUCUAUAAUUGAGCAACAUGAUAGAAGAGAUGCUGUGAGGAAGACAUGGGGUAAGGAAAUGGUGGUAGAUGGAAAGAAAAUUAGAACUUUGUUUCUGCUGGGUACCACAUCAAUUGGGAAAGAUCACAGGAACCUCCAGAGACUGAUUGAGCAAGAAGACCAGAUUUAUGGGGACAUUCUUCAAUGGGAUUUCAUGGACACCUUUUUCAAUCUAACUCUUAAGGAAGUUAACUUCUUAAAGUGGUUCAACAUUUAUUGCCCUAAGGUUGAAUUUAUCUUCAAGGGAGAUGAUGACAUUUUCAUGAAUACUAAAAAUGUAUUAGACUUUUUGGACUUCAAAAUAGGAGACCCUUUCCUGCCCAGCUUAUUUGUGGGAGAUAUUAUUUCUAGAGCUGUACCUAUUAGGAACAAACAAAGUAAAUAUUUUAUCCCCAAAGAGUUGUAUGAUAAACCAUACCCUAUCUAUGCUGGAGGGGGUGGGUUUUUAAUGGCCUCUACUUUGGCCAGAAGAUUGUUUACAGCUUCUGAGAAGAUACAGCUAUUUCCUAUUGAUGAUGUAUUUUUGGGGUUGUGUCUGAGCAGUAUAGGUGUGCAGCCCAAGGCUCAUCCAGGAAUAAGGACAUUUGGAAUAAGCAAAAGGAGGUCUAGUGCCAUGAAUAAGGACCCCUGUUUCUAUAAGAGCUUGUUGGUGGUGCAUAAAAUGAGCUCAGAAGACUUGCUAAAUAUGUGGAAUGUUGUCCAUGGAACAAAUAUCACUUGUGCUAAAAGUGUUCAUUUAUAGGAAAAUCUAAAUCACCCUGUGUCAAGAAGAACAUUUGGAAAGAUGAAAAAGGAAAUGAUAAUUUAAAAAACAAUAAGAGAACGAAAAGCAAGACAUAUCUCCCCCCUCCAUCCGCUACCCCCAAUUUCAGAUAUAAUUAUAUGGUUAAAAAAAUUGGAUUAUUCUUUGUUCCAAUUUUUGUUAAUUUGGUAUAAAAUUAUAUCUAGAACUGUUGGUCAUUUUAUUUUUCAGUUACUGUUGAGGUCUAUUCACUAAACAACAAACUAUAGUAAAUUAACAUUCUAAACUGAAAAGUUUUGGAAAUUUCAGCAGAUUUAAAAAAAAUAUAUAUUCUGUUCAGCUAAAAUCACAGUUCUGCUAUUUUAUGUUUUUAGUUCUACAGUUUGAUUAUUUCAGCCUAAAUGUUGAAAUUUGACAGUCAAUUCACUAAUUUGGUUUUUAACUCUUUCAGUGCUGAAUAUAUGACCAGUACAUUGCAAAGCAUUGCAACACAUCUAACAAUGUAAAUUAGGGAUUAUGAAUAAACAUAAUUACAAUUAUUCACUGCUCUCCAACUUUUAGCAAAUUGCGAAUUGGAAACUAAAACAGGCCAGGCAAAUCAGAAUUUUACAAAUCAAUUUAUAAUUAGGAUUUUUAGGCCUCAAUUUAAUAUUUUUGGAUACGCUUUUCACAUGAUUUAAUAUUUUGGGAUACAUUUUUACACUUUCCAAAAUAUAAAAAAAAUAGCAAACAAAAUAUCAACAUAUAAAAAAAAAAAUAGCAACAUAUUAAAACAUUUUUCAAAAUAUUGAAUCAUGUGAAAAGUUUAUUCAAAAAUAUUAAACAGUUGAAAAGCCUAUCCAAAAAUAUUAAAUCAAGGCCUUUAUUUACUAAAAUUCAGAGUUUAGCAAAUAACUCUGUCAUUGACCAAAAUAAAUAUAUUUCUUAAACUCAGUUUACCAGAAAUCAUGAUAAUUAAAUGGCAAAAUUAACCAAUGGUAACUGAAUGCUAAAAUCAACCGAUAUUACAAUAAAAUAUAAAUCAAGUGGAACCUGUUGGUUUUUUUCACCUAUAAUGAAACAAACAGAAAUGCAUUAAAAAAAAAAACCCACAUCAAAAACAUAUUGCAUAGACUAUAAAUUAAUCGAAUGUUCCAUUUACAAUAUUCAUUUGACACAGAUGAUAAAAAACAUAAUUUCUUACCCUUUGAUACAUUUAUACGGUGGAGUAUUUUCUAACUGGCGAUUGGGCUAAUUUAAUCUUUUUUUUGAAAAUUGAAAUGUUAAAUGUACAUUGCAUGCAAACGUCUCUUUGGAGGUAUUUGGCUCGAAAAAAAAAGUAUGUUUAAACAUAUUGGAACAGGCAGUCUAUUGUACUGUUGUGCUCUCAUACUGGAGUGUAACAAAUUGCAGAAAAAUACUUUCAAAUGCAAUAAAAUCUGAAAAAUAUGAUUUAAUAAA